GUCCGAGAUCACUAUUCCCGCUGCUCGCAUUUCCCGACCACCACAACCAGCGCUGCAAGGAUGAACAAAAGCUGCGUCAAAUGCGCCGAUUCCAAACUACGCUGCAACCUCGAUCAAUCUGGAUCACCCUGUUCACGAUGCCGUCACAAGGGCUGGCAUUGCGAGCGGGUAGAGCGCAAGAAGCGCGCCCGUCGAGCCACGCCCAGGCAGACCAGCUCGAUUCCAUCCCCACCACAGACAAGCAGCGACAGUCGAUGGGACACCAGCCUCGACGUGAGCCCAGCCCUCGAUCCGCCUGUCGACUGGCUUUCCCCGGGUCUCCUGUCGACGGAGGACCUCGACUUCCUCAACCAGCUAGCCGACAUCGAAAGCUUCGAUACAUUCGGCGACAUGACAUCGUGGGACUGGACGCCGCCCGAAACGCCAUUCCCGAACAAUCCCACUGCUUUUGAUGAGCCACCACGAGCAACAACAAUGAAAACGCAUACAAAUCAACCCCCCCUCCCUGGCACACACUUGCACGACACAGGGCCCGUCAUCUCGCCCGACAACUUCCGCCUGCCCGCCGACUUCACCCUCGAGACCGAAGCCGCCGACCGCAUCACCAUCCCCGUGCAUCGCCUCGAGACCUACGCCCGACUGUUCUUCGCGCACUUCCACCCCCUCUUCCCCCUGCUGCAUCUGCCCACCUUCCACCUGGCCUCCGCGCCCCCGAUCCUCAUCCGAACCAUCACCUCCAUCGGCGCCGCCUUCAACACCCCCGACCCAACAUCCCCAACCGACGCCAAACGCCUGUACAGCUCUCUCCCCACCCACUUCGCCAAAGCCUGCCUCCGCGUACCGGACCACCCAACGGAGCCCAGCCUCGCCGACCUCCAAGCCCUCCUCCUCAGCCAAUUCGCCAGCACAGCCAAAGGCGGCAGCGCGGAACGCGCCGCAGCGCGGCUGCUGCACCCGCUGCUCGUGACCGCCGUCCGCCAGCAGGGCCUGCUGAAAGUGCACGGGGAGUGCACGGUGGCGGCGCGGGACGCCCGCACGUGGGGGCCGUGGGUGGCCAAGGAGUCCCGCAAGCGCGUGCUGUGGGGCGUCUACGCCGUGGACUGCUACCAGGCGCUGCUGGGCGGGAGCAAGCCGCUGCUGUCGCCGCAGGAGACGCGGGCGUCGUUCCCGUGCGACGAGGCGAGCUGGGGCGCGUGGUCGGCGUCGGGCUGGGCCGCGUUGCCCGCGCAGGAUCCCUCGAGUUGUUUCCAGUCCGCGGUCAGGGGGUUGAUGGGGCGACGGAUGGGGACGGAGAUCGCGUCGAAGCUGACGGCGUGGGAUCUGAAUCUCUUGAUUCUGGCGAUGCAUUCGCUGCUGCUCGAGGCGCAGACCUCCAUCCUUCCGGUCGAUCUGUCGGCGAUGGAGCGCGCGUUGUAUACGUGGAAGGCUUGGUGGGAUGGGGUUUCGCGGGGGGGUGCGCAGCGGCAGCUGCAACCUGCGGUCCGUGCUGGGGGGCUUUUGAUCACCAAUAGCGUGACCCUGUACCAUCUGGCUGUUUACCUGUUGAAGCACGGGCGGCCGGAGUUGGAUGAGAGCGCGUAUUUGGGGAGGUCGACGAAUACUGGGAAUCCGCUGAUCAAGAGAGAGGAGGUUUAUCAGGAGACCAUGACGAGAUGGGUGCAGAAUAUGAUGGAGGAGCUUCAACAAGGAGAGAUGGCCGAUGUUGACGAGUUGUAGGCGGUGGGAUGGCUGAUCAAGGAGCGUUGAGAGUUCUAUAAUGUGACAUGACCGCGUUCGUGGAAGCGGUUUUUGGACUCAGC